GCAAGAAGACCUGCCAGACACCACCUGGCACCAUGUAAAAUCAGAGGACAAUGCCGCAGACGUAGGCAGCAGAGGCCUUCUCGCCGACCAGCUGGUCACUUGCGAAAUAUGGUGGAGCGGCCCCUCUUGGCUGAAAGAAAGUGCAGAACAUUGGGCAGACCUCCCAGUACCCCUGCCAGCAGAAGAAGUUCCGGAGUCAAAAACGCAAAAAAGCACACUCAUGACACGCCCGGUCAACCCCGACCUACCAGUUUUUGAACGCUUUUCUAACUGGAAUAAACUCAUCAGGGUCCUAGCCUAUGCUCUGCGCUUUGCCACAAGGAAACAUCACGGCCCGCUCACCCCUGAGGAGCUGACCAAAGCCGAAAAAAUAGUAGUCCGCAAAAUACAAGCCGACUCCUUCCACAAAGAGCUUCUUCUCCUCAAAAAGAACCAAGGAGACACCACUUCGCUAAAGUUCUUGAACCCCUUCAUAGACGCAGACGGCCUCAUUCGGGUCGGGGGAAGAUUGUCGCAAUCACACCUCACCGGUGACCAAGCACACCCAUGGGUGUUACCCCCACGGCACCCCCUAGUCCAAACUCUGGUAGAAACCUAUCACCUGCAGAACCUUCACGCUGGGCCCCAGCUCCUGCAAAGCCUACUCCAGCAGAAAUUCUGGAUAAUAACUGCCAGAAAGACCGUUCGUCGUGUAGUCCGCCGGUGCAUCCCUUGUUUCCGCUGCACACCUCGGAACUCAAAUCCAAAAAUGGGCGAUCUCCCAGAGGCACGCGUCCGCCCAUCACGUCCAUUUUCCAAAACCAGUUCAGAUUAUGCAGGUCCCUUCUGGGUGCGACCCAACAGCCUUAGGAACUCCAAGAAAAUCAAAGCAUACACUUGCAUAUUCGUCUGCAUGGCAACAAAGGCCGUGCACAUAGAGGUUGCGGAAGAUCUUACAACGGACUCAUUUCUCGCCGCCCUAUCCAGAUUCUCCAACCGAAGGGGGGCACCUACCGAUCUGUACACGGACUGCGGCACCAACUAUGUUGGCGCCGAUAACGAACUCAAGAGGAUAGUAAAGGAACUCAACGAGAACCUCCAUGCACUUCCACAACCUACAGGGCUGGCAGACUUCCCACGGACCACGUUCCACUUCAAUCCUCCAGGCGCACCUCACUUUGGCGGUCUAUGGGAAGCGGCGGUCAAGUCGAUGAAGAAGCACAUCCACAAAGUCACCUUGGAUCACCCUGGUGAUAAAGGUGGAAGCCAUGCUGAACUCGCGACCUAUUACCGCCAUAUCUUCAGAUCCGUCGGACCCCCUCCCGCUCACUCCUGCGCAUUUUUUGACCAGAGGACCCCUCCUGGACGUACCCGAACGGGAUCACGAAGAGGACCGCCAACCCGCCAAAAGAUAGCACAGAAUCCAGGCGAUGAGCCAAGCCAUCUGGCGCCGAUGGAAUUUGGAGUACCUGCAAACACUGGCAUCCCACCACAAGUGGACAAAGUCGCCCCGGUCCUUAGAAAAAGGCCAGUUGGUUCUGAUACAUGACCCACACACUCCGCCU